AGCUUGGCGGUGGCAUGAAGAUGGGGGUGGGAGUGUGUAGUGGGGGAAGCACCUGCCCGGACCCCCACCUGCCAGCUAGCUGGGCUCCCCAAGGCUGUGUGCUGCCCACCUGGUGUUCCCCAGCACCCCCAGCCCUGCUCAGUGCACCCCUCCGGUGCCUGCUUCCCCUGAUGUCUGCGAUUUAGACCAGCCCAGCUGUAUCCACGGCAACAGAAGCAGGAGUGUCACUGGCCGCCAGAUCACGGAGGGUCCCACAAUGUGGCCUGGGAUGUGAUUUAUCCUGGGUGAGACAGCUUGAGCUCCCUCCCUGGAUUCCAAGACAGCCCUGCUGAGAGGAGCCCAGGGAAAAGAGCCACAUCAACAUCCCUGCCCCACAGACCCAUCAACAUAGCAAACAGGUGCAGCCCAGCAGGACAACUGAUGGAGUCCCCCAGAGCCCAUCGAGUACCGGACUGGCUGACUCCAUAGGGUUGGGAGCACCCCCUGCCCUUCAUUAUGGCCAACACCACUGGAGAGCCCGAGGAGGUGAGCGGUGCUCUGUCCCCACCAUCAGCAUCAGCGUAUGUCAAGCUGGUGCUGCUGGGACUGAUCAUGUGCGUGAGCCUGGCGGGCAACGCCAUCUUGUCCCUGCUGGUGCUCAAGGAGCGUGCCCUGCACAAGGCUCCUUACUACUUUCUCCUGGACCUGUGCCUGGCCGACGGCAUCCGCUCUGCCGUCUGCUUUCCCUUUGUGCUGGCUUCUGUGCGCCACGGCUCCUCAUGGACCUUCAGUGCGCUCAGCUGCAAGAUUGUGGCCUUUAUGGCUGUGCUCUUUUGCUUCCAUGCGGCCUUCAUGCUGUUCUGCAUCAGUGUCACCCGCUACAUGGCCAUCGCCCACCACCGCUUCUAUGCCAAACGCAUGACACUCUGGACAUGUGCAGCCGUCAUCUGCAUGGCCUGGACCCUGUCUGUGGCCAUGGCCUUCCCACCCGUCUUCGACGUGGGCACCUACAAGUUUAUCCGUGAGGAGGACCAGUGCAUCUUUGAGCAUCGUUACUUCAAGGCCAAUGACACGCUGGGUUUCAUGCUUAUGUUGGCUGUGCUCAUGGCAGCCACACAUGCUGUCUAUGGCAAACUGCUCCUCUUUGAGUAUCGUCACCGCAAGAUGAAGCCAGUGCAGAUGGUGCCAGCCAUUAGCCAGAACUGGACAUUCCAUGGCCCUGGGGCCACCGGCCAGGCUGCUGCCAACUGGAUCGCUGGCUUUGGCCGUGGGCCCAUGCCACCAACCCUGCUGGGUAUCCGGCAGAAUGGGCAUGCAGCCAGCCGGCGGCUGCUGGGCAUGGACGAGGUCAAAGGUGAGAAGCAGCUGGGCCGCAUGUUCUACGCGAUCACACUGCUCUUCCUGCUCCUCUGGUCACCUUACAUCGUGGCCUGCUACUGGAGAGUGUUUGUUAAAGCCUGCGCUGUGCCCCACCGUUACCUGGCCACUGCUGUUUGGAUGAGCUUCGCCCAGGCUGCUGUCAAUCCGAUCGUCUGCUUCCUGCUCAACAAGGACCUCAAGAAGUGCCUGAGGACUCACGCCCCCUGCUGGGGCACAGGAGGUGCCCCGGCUCCCAGAGAACCCUAUUGUGUCAUGUGAAGCAGGCUGAUAGGCAGACAGACAGGGAGAAGGUCAUGGCCACCAUGAUGGGGCUAACAGAAAGGGAGGGGUAGGGCCCCAUACAGGAGCCUUUCUUUCUGAGCUCCAGCCCCAGCCCCUCAAACCACCCGGAAUCUAGGCACCUUUUCCAACACCUCCCCAGGGGUGGGGGACUGGGAAAGAGGUGUUUCUAGUUCUAGGGCCUGUCUCUGCUGCCGCCUUUUCCACUUCUACAAUCUCUUUCCUCUCUCUCUCUCUCUCUCUCUCUCUCUCUCUCUCUCUCUCUCAUUCAGAAAAAGAAAACAAAAGUGAAAAUGCAGGUUUUUCUACUAUCAGCUGAGGAGUCAGGCUUUCUUGCUUUAAUGUCUCUCCUUCUGACACUGUCUAGAAUGGGGAAAUUUGUCCUGUAAAAUAGACUUUCAGAGCUCUUCUGGCCCCCUCUGCUCCCAUGCACCCUCCCCUUCCAAGUCCUCUAGCAAGGCCUGGAUAUUUAGGGGGAAACUGAUCUGUUGACAAGAGGGACCAAAGGGGGUGCAGGGUCCCCAGGGAGCAGGGAUGUUUAAUUGCUAUGUUGUGUGCAAUGUUGUUUUAGGCUAACUCUGGUCCCAAGCCCAGUCUCCUCUUGCUACCCAUGUCCAGACAUCCCAAGUGUUUCUUGAGCAUCUGAGAAGCCAGGAGGGGAGGGAGAAGGGCCCUCAGGAUGGACCCAGGCUAGUGAAGAUCAGGAUGUGAGCUGCACGCCUGGAGCUGAAGAGACGUGAGCUUGACUAUAUUCUCUUGAGCUGCCUCCUGGAUCCCCAGCCCCCAGCUCUUCUUUCUAAGGAUGGAAAUCCACUCCAGCUCCACUAGGGCUGAUGUGGGUGCCAUACAGGCAGGAGCAACCCCCCGGAAGUAUAGGGAGAGAGCUGAACUCCCCAGAGUAGCUGGAUCCCAGAGCCUGGCAUCAGAGUGGAAUUCAGCCCCAGAAUUGUCUCCUGGGUUCACACUACUCUCCCAAAGAUGAAAAUUGGGGGGCGGGGGAGGGCUUGGUAUCUCAUAGUGGAUAAGCUCUAAGGCACUGUGGAUUUGAAUCAUCCCUAUCCAACCUCUUUUCGUCCUCUUCAAGCCUCAGGGCCCUCAAGUCCCUCCGUGGUAGCCCUUGGUCAUCCGGGUCCUCAGCUCCAGACUUGCCACCCUCCACCCUUACCUCCUUCCAAAGUGGAACAGACUGUAGCCAGAUUCCCCAGGUGGGUGAUCCCAAGCUUCCCUCCCAGGGCAGAGUCCACUCUGGGUUCACACCAAGGACAGUUCUUGUGGACUGGGGAUCCAAGCUGGCACUCCUUUGCCUGGUCUUGCCCAGGUUCUCUGUGGGCGGGGCAGAUCUGUAUUUAUCCACCCCCUUUUCCUUCCCUAUUGAAAUCCUAGUCCUAAGCCUUGACCCCAGAAGAAUGGGGAGGGCACUCUAGGCAGGAGAGACAUUAAUGAGCCUGGCUGUGGAGUUGUCCUGGAAAGGCAGGCCAGAGUGGCUGAGAGGCUGGGGGUGGGAGGGUACCUGUUCUCUCAGUGAUAGUGAUGGGGGUGCCUUUUC